AUGCAUGUCAUUUGGGAUAUAUCUGUGAUUUUGCAAACAUAUAUCAUCUGCACGUCAUCAGCUCAGCCGAUUACAUCCAAGCUUGAUGACAGUUGGUGGGCGUAUAAGGACGUUGUCCAGGGAAGCUUUGUUCCAGUCCCAUCCUUCUGGGGUCUGGUGCACUCAGCCUGGAACCUGUGCGCCAUAGGGAAGAGGCAGUCGCCCAUUGACAUCGAGACCAGUCACAUGAUCUUUGACCCCUACCUGACCCCUCUGAGGCUCAACACCGGAGGACGCAAGAUGGGAGGCACCAUGUACAACACGGGGAAGCAUGUGUCCCUGCGGCCAGACAAAGCCCACCUGGUGAACAUCUCCGGGGGCCCGCUGGGUUACAGCUACAGGCUGGAGGAGGUCCGCCUCCAUUUUGGGAGCGAGGACUCCCAGGGUUCAGAGCACCUCCUCAACGGACAGGGCUUUCCUGGAGAGGUCCAGCUGAUCCAUUAUAACCAGGAUCUGUACGCCAACUACACUGAGGCAGCUAAGAGCCCCCAUGGCAUCGCUGUGGUCUCCAUCUUCAUUAAGCUCUCUGAAAACUCCAACGCCUUCCUCAACCGCAUGCUCAAUAGAGACACCAUCACCAGAAUCAACUACAGACAUGAUGCUUUCUUGUUGAUGGGGCUGAACAUAGCAGACCUUUACCCUGACACUACACGUUACAUCACCUAUGAGGGCUCCAUCACCAUCCCUCCCUGCUAUGAAACGUCCACGUGGAUACUAAUCAACAAGCCUGUCUACGUGACACAGAUGCAGAUGCACUCCCUGCGCCUUCUCAGCCAGAACGAGCCCUACAAGAUCUUCAUGAGUAUGAGCGACAACACCCGGCCCACCCAGCCACUGCUGCAGCGUUGCAUCCGAACCAAUAUCAACUUCAGCAAGCAGGGCCGCGACUGCCCCAACAACCGUGCCCUCCGCCCACAGUACAGAGUGAAUCAGUGGCUCCUGAAGUAGAAGAUAAAAAAGAUGUCAAGCAGCAGCGCCCCGAGAGGAGAGGCAGGAUUCAUUCAAGUCUAUUUCACACUGCCAAAUCCAGCUGAAGAAUCCAGAGACCGCCUGAGCCUGCCGAUUGAUCUGAACUGAAUGGACAUCUUAACUAAACUGAUCUCAGCUAAACUUGACUGAACAAACUCCAAACACUCUGCUGUGUUGGCCUCCUACAUAUCUACAAUUUAAUCCCAACACAUGGGCCAGCACAGCAAGGGUACAGACCUGACUUUGAGUCCAAAGUGUGAAAUUGAUCAUAAGGACUCUGAUGUCUACACUGUACUGUGGGUUUAUUCGUUGUAUUAACUAACAAAGACUGGAGAUAUAAAGACUCUGAUGUUAUCUAAAGACGACGGGUGUGAUCGUCGCUGGUCCACAUUCAUAUUCUGGCUACAGAAGGCGGUUAUGAAAAUGAUCAUCCACUGACUGGAGGAAUUCUUACAUUUCCAUUGAUGGUCUGAACCCCCGGCAACAAAGAAACACUCAGCUGUGGUAUGAUGAGAGAUGUAAAAAUCUGCUGCUUCUGCUAUCAAAUAGUAACUAAAGAAGGUAAUUUACAAAGAGAAUGUGAAAUGUGUGAAUUAGGUUACAUAGCUGAAGGGGGAGAAACAGAAGGAGGGACUGCAACUCUGACAUUUUACAGACCUGAACAGAUGGAGUCACUGGAGACUGGAAAGGGAUAGGUCACUCAUUUUGCAUGAUUUUACAGUAGUCCACUUGUCUUUAAGGUAUCCUAUUAGAAGGUGGUGACAGAAUUCAGCUUGCAUCAGGUCCCUGCUUUGCACAGCGACAUAAAGUGCAACCACAACAGCUAACACUCACUAAAAUGUUCAGUCAAAAUUGUUUAAAGGACUAAUUCUACAAAGCCACCCCCCCCUCCCCAGCAGUGAUUGUCCAAACAUAGCUUAGUAACCACAACUAGGCACAGCAGGCCUGCAAAGCCUUCCUAAAAUUAUUUUGAUGAUUAAAACUUCUGUUGAAAGACAAUUGUUGAUCCUGUAAAGUCAUGAAUUAGAAUUGUGCUCAAAGCAACCAUGCAAUUUCUAAAUGUAAAAAAUCAGCUUGUCUGAAGUAUUACAGAUGCCCUGUGGAGUUUUCUUGUAAACGAAGGUUAUCUAUACAUUCAGUGUUUUUGACCCUUGAUGUCUAAUAAACGUGUUGAGUGCCGAUUUUUAAAAAUAUUUUAAAACCUGCAUUGUUUACAUCCAUGCUUGCUUGUUCUUCACUGCCUUUCCUGGCAGAUUGCUGUGUUUCAUGGUGCAUCCAUUGGCAGAAAUGUGUAGCGCUUCAUGCGCUUGCUCAUCCUCGGGGACACACUCAUAAAAGAAAUACUCAUAGUGCUAUUAGUGGUCACAAACUCCACAGGGUACCUGUCACUAACAGCAGCUGUUCACAGUAUAGGUCUUCACAGGUCCGUGCGCCACGGGAUAAGAGCUGAUGGAGAGUCUGUUUGGAUUCAUUCAGGUAUGAGACACAGAGUCCCUGAAUGUAAUCUGAACCUGGGCUGACUUGGGUUUCUAGUGAGGUCUCAGUUACUUGGAAAUGAGUGGACCAGUGAAGACCUCCAGUACACAGUGAACCUGUGGAAUUUCAAAGUGACACUUGUGUAAAAUGGGUGACCUACAGUAUAUGUAUCUUAUGGAUGGACAUCGUGGAUCAACACCAACACAACACUGGUCAUUAGCUUGU